GGUGCACAUUUUAGUAUGUAUGAAAUCAUAAAAAAAUACAGAAUUAUAUUCGGCACCUGCAUCAAUUGUUUCUCUCUCCACCGCCUUCGCCCUCUGCCAUGGCUUCCGAUCCGAAAUCUUCCGGACUAGCAUUUGUGAUCAUGGGAGUUAGCGGCACCGGGAAAUCGACUGUUGCUGAGAUGCUUGCAAAGACAUUAAAUUGUAGCUUUCUUGAAGCAGAUGACUUCCACUCCAAGGCAAACAAAGAGAAGAUGAGAAAUGGGAUUCCACUUACAGACGAAGACCGGUUCCCAUGGCUUGAAUGUCUUCGAGAUGCUAUUAGGAUCAUCAUGAUCUCUGGCAAAAGCAUAGUACUCACUUGCUCUGCGCUGCAGAAGAAGUACAGAGAGAUCCUCCGGUCUUCUGACCCAGAUUACAAGGCAGGCCAGUAUUCUAAUUGCAGGGUUAGAUUUAUAUGCUUGGAGGCUCCAGUGGAAGUAAUUGCUGAUAGGAUAAGGAGUAGAUCAAAAGAAGGGAAACAUUUCAUGCCUGUUUCCCUUUUGCAGUCCCAACUGGAUUUGCUUCAGAUAGAUGAAGUUGAAGGAAUAACCAAGGUGGAUGCCACCACAAGCCUGGAAACCAUCAUGGAUACUUUGCUACAAGCCUUGUCCAAGCACACCGGCAGCCCUCUUCAAGUAGCUACUUCAACUUCACUUCGAUGAAGACAAGCUCACAGCUACUCUUUGAAGCUGUCUUGUAAGAAUAAAGUUUCACCAUUGUAAUUCUUGAUUAAAGUAAUUGACACAGUAUACCUGUUAAAGAGGAGUGCCUAUUGGCAACCUGGUCAUUUCUUGCUCAAGAUACACUACUAUUGUAUGGCAAGGCCUAAACUUCAACAAGGCAGUGGAUACAACAUCAA